CUUUUCUUGGACUCGUUGUCGUCACUACACUCCACGCAUAAGUAUCUUCUGAAUCUAUCGUCUUGGUCAUUCUCUUUGCCUCCUUUUCUUCAUUGGCAACUACCUUUUUUCUGCUGAUACUCCGGAGGGUCCGCGACCGUCUCGGCAUUCUGAAAUUCGCUUCGUCAUGCAACCGAUUCAGAAAUCAGUCUCUUCACAGUAUGCAACGCAGGCAGGUUAUCUACCACCACGCUCGCCACAUCGGGGCUACUCUCAAGCUCCUCAGCAACCGCCGACACCUCUUCCACUUCGCCAGCGACCAUUGAACUUUCGCAAAAAUGCCUGUGCCGUAUGUCGAGUUUGCUUUACUUGUGCAAAGUUCUAUGGCCAAGACUGUGAGUGUCCAGAAAUGCACCCUCGACGAGGUAAAAAUUUGCCACCCAACACGGUCGAUUCCAGAUCUAAGCGGCUUAUUCCGAGCGAAGUGGAAGACUACCAAAUCACAAUGGAUUGGUUAGAGCAAAAUGCCAACGAUCGAUACAAAGACCCUGAGGGACGCUUACCGCUUAAUAUAUCGGAAUUUGCUCUUUGUAAAGCGCAUAGCUCAUCCCUUUAUCGUGCUAAGAAGCGAGCGGAAUCCACCCUAGCUUCAAGAGCAGAACAAGACUUUACAAGUUCCUCACAAUUACCCAUGUCCUUACCGCCAGGAUUUGAGCCGACCCCAUCAAGUAGCGCCAAACGGAAGAGACUGGAAGAUAAUGUCGGUGUUAUGCGACGCAUGCAACAUCGUGCUAGCUUUCCUAUGCCUAAUCCAUAUCAUGUGAGACAGCAGCAGCAACAACCACCAUUAAAUUUUGGCCCGGUGGUUGAAACCAUUUCAUUACGAAGUGCGUUGACUGAACAAGAAAGGAAUAAUCAAUCUUUAAUAUCGUCAGCUGCAACCUACUAUUUGCGCAAUCUCGCCAUUACCGACACCUUUACGUUUAGGGAUAUUCUGCGCGAGAUUGAUCUGACAGGCAAUGCUCCUCCUCCCGGCAAGAAAAUUGUAAUUACCAAUAUUGAGAACGACCGAACCUUUCCCAUGGAUAUCCCAAUAAGGAGUGCUAUCCAGGGUAGACCGCACAUUGAUUUGUGCAUUGAUUUACAGGACAUUGUAUCUUUCAACGUAUCUGGUAGCACGCAAAACUAAAACAUCCACAGGACAGCCAACGUUCAGAAAACUAGCAAUUUUUUUUUCAGGCCCUUUUUAUGCCUCAUCACUUUUUGGCUGCCAUCGUGUAUCAACACAAGUCCCUC